GUUUGGAAGCUAGAAUGAUGGCUGGCCAAUCCGACGCUUCUUCGUCUGCUUCUGCUGCACCACCAUCAUCAUCAACACUAGAGCAGCAGCCUCAGCAACAACAACAGAGGGGAGAGCGAUUGUCAACCCAGUGCAGUCUGUGCGCACACCCAGUCCCAUACGAUUACACUGGCAAGACGCCGCCAUUCGCGCCUCGUGUCGUAUUUCUGGAGGACGUGUUUGCCAUUCGCGAUCCGUUUGCCGUAGCUGCUCAGACGGCGUCGCUCGCAGCGGCAAGUUUACCCAAGCGCUGUCUGGCAAUGGGCGCGCGCUGUGCAGAGUGCAAUCGUAUUGUGUGCAUGCAAGCCACUUGCAGUCUGUUUUAUCAGAAGCGAUUCUGUGCACUCUGCGCAAAGCAGUGGGCGAACUGCUUCCCAAGCCAGCUCAAGCCCGACCUCGAGCGACUGCGGGAAGGCCACGGUAGCAGCUCAAGUACCUCCACACGCUCUCAGGCUGCUGAAUGAAUCGGCAAAGAAGGAAACUCACACAAGGCGAAUUUGUGUCGUUUCAGUCGCGAUCAAUGGCUUGAUUGCUUGCUGGCUGUGAGUCUGGAGGCCUCAAGUGCAGUGGGGUGAGCUUGUCGGCAUGAUGCUUGACCCACCAACACAAGGGACAACGACAACGCCGGCGGCGGGGGCGUGAGUGGCGGCUUUUGGCGGAUACCAACCGGCUGUCGGUUUUUGCCGGAAAGCGUCGUAGAUGACCCUCAGAACGACCGUGUUUUGCCACAGGAUGGUUCUAGAAUCGUCAUAUGAGACGUGAUGUUUGGAUUGUCCGCUCUCCCACGACAAACGCACCUUGUUGAGACGUGAAAGACGCGAGUCAAAACCUGCAAGUGCACCGCCGCCCCCUUUUGAACCAAUAAUAGCAACGCUGUGCAUGAACAGCCGACACAAAAGUCUACGACAUGUUGGAACUCGGCGACUCACUUUCAAGUUUUCAGAGUCUGUGCUUCGUUUGCGAUUCUGACCGUUUGACCCUUGGUUUUUUCUCUAAUCAUCAACACCACCC